AUGCCUACGAAAUUAUGUUAUUUUGGCUGUAAGCUAGAUGUACCUAUGCAUCGUUUCCCAAAACCUGGCUAUUAUAACGAAGCUAGAUUUAAUAUGUGGUUGUUAAUUGUGCUCAUCAAUACAGAGCUUUGGACAGUGAAAACUCCGAAACUGCAAGUUCUACUGAAGUUAAAUAUUAAAAUAAAAGAAUUAAAAGCAUGCCAUAUUCAUGAUAAUAUUUUAGAAAUGGUUUCAACUGGAUCUUCGAUGAUGAAUAUUCAUACUGAAAUUUCAGAUGCUACUGAAGCUGGAAGUAAGAAGAAAGACUUUUACAUAGAGAAGAUUAAAAAUUUUAAGACUUACCAACAAUUAAAAACGAGGCUGUUGAAAUUACAAAAUAAGUGCAAAGAAGUUAAAAAGUCCUAUCGUGUAGCAAAGAUGAGUUGCAGCCACAGUGAAUUUUUUAGCAAGAAAUAA